UCACUUUCACUCCUGCAACUAAAAUGUCCCCAUGCUGUCCAUGUCUUACACAAGGCCUUCUAUUUCCAGCCAUGACCACCACCACUUGUCUGAGCCGCGGAGCGUUCCUCCUGCUCGCCGUCGCCGCGCUUGCGCUGCCGCAGGAGCUGCAGCUGCAGGACGCCGUGCUGAUCGACGACGUCCUCCAGGAGGCCGCGGAGGCGUGGUACCACGGGAAGCACCGGCGGACAGGCGUCACGUACCCGCUCGCGCUCCCCGGCAGCCUGUCGGGCAUCGUGGCCGACGUGGCGCGCUUCCGCGCUGGUAGCCUGAGGAGGUACGGAGUCCGACGGUUCGGCGAGUUCUCCGUGCCCCCGGGGCUCGCCGUGCGCGGCCGUGCGUCGCACCUGCUCGCCGUGCGCGCCAACCUGGGGAACCUCUCGUCCGUCUUCGACGAGUACGCGGCGAGCGGCGGAUACCGCAUCGCGUCGCCGGUGCUCGGGCUCACGUUCUACGGCCUGGCGUGGCGCGGCGGCACGCCCCGACUGGAGGUCCUCGUCGCGGGCGCGGCCAUCCGUGUCAACUUCUCAAUGGCGGUCCCAGCGCUGCAGCCAGGGAUCGUGCCGCUCUGCAUGGCCGUGGCGCUGAACGGCAGCGUCACCGUGACCGACGUGCAGGCCGGGAGCAACACCUGCCACGUGUGGGACCAGGGCCACUUCGCGCUCGUCCUGGGAGGUGCAGGCGACGGCGGCGUGGUGGCGGAGGCCGGCGAGGUGAGCAAGUGGAAGCUGGCGCUCUUCGGGGCGGCGCUUGGCGCGGGCGGCACGGUGCUCCUGGGGCUGGUCCUGGUGGCGGUGCUGAGCAUCCAGCGUCGCAAGUCGGAGGUGGCGGAGAUGGCGCGACGGGCGUACGAGGAGGAGGCGCUGCGCGUGUCCAUGGUCGGCCACGUCCGCGCGCCGUCGGCGGGCGGGUCGCGCACCACGCCGGACGCCCUCGAGAAUGAGUACUGCGCCACGUCGUGACACACAAAUGCAGACUGGAACGGAAGCAAUUGUAGUUGAUUUUUUUACAUCUCUCAUUUUAGGAUUUUUUUUCGGUUAUCAUUCUUUAUACCUGUGAUAAUACUAGCACGUUUUAAAUAAAUCCGCGACUCUCUAUGACGCGUGUAUGAUCUUGUUAGGCCGUAUAUAUUUCUGGAGGUAGGAUGAACUGCACACCUCAACCUGGUGAACUUGCAUUGGUUGGUACAUUGUAAUUCUACGAACACAAUUAAUCCAUU